AUGUCACAUCCUAUGAAAGACAUUAAUUCAACUUUUAAAAAUAAUCAAUUAGCUAGUUCCAGACAAACGCCAACAAAAAAUACUAAAUCUACUAAUAUUGGCAAUGGAAAAAAAUUGGUAAAUGAAAUACCCAAAAAAAAUAAUAACAAUUUAUUGAAAAAGAUGGAAUGUCUUAUUAAUCGAAUGGAUGUAAAACAAUAUGACAAAAAAACUGAUAAUCGAAAAGAUAUGGUAAAUUCUUCAUAUACUGCAGUUAUACCAAUAAAUGGAAAAGCAUCACAAAUGCAAAUUUCAUUUAAAGACAAAUCAAAAAAUCAACAUUCUUUCCAAGCUUCAGUUAAACCAAUUGCUGAUUUAGUUACUGAAAAUGUAGUAGAAAAUAAUUUAGAAGAAGAAGAUGCAAAAUUUAACAUUAAAUGGAAAGAUGAAGCAAAUAAGAAUAUUAAAAUUGAAAAUUGGGAUUUUUUAGAUCUUGAUACAUUUAUUGAAAAACAUUUUAAUUAUAAAGAUGAAAGUUGUAUUUUUUAUUGUAUAGAAGAAAUUCAAUGGAUUCAGCAUAUGUUUUCAAAAGAAAUUGUAUCAUUACCUUCGCUGAUAGAAGUUGAUCCACCUGUUAUAAUAUGUGGAGAUAUUCAUGGACAAUAUAAUGAUUUACUUAGGAUUUUUAAAAAAUUUGGAAAACCACCAACAAAAAAAUUUGUAUUUUUAGGUGAUUAUGUUGAUAGAGGUGAUAAUUCAUUAGAAGUUAUGUUAUUACUUUUGGCAUUAAAAAUGAAAUAUCCAGAAUAUAUUUAUUUAUUACGUGGAAAUCACGAACUAAAACACAUAAAUAAAGUUUAUGGUUUUCAAGAAGAAUUAAAACAACGUAUUUUAGAUAAUAAUUUAAUGUUUACAAUUUAUGAAGAAUUCAAUAGACUUUUUUCAUUUUUUCCUUUAGCCGCACUCAUUUCUAAAAAAGUUCUUUGUAUGCAUGGUGGUAUCUCUUCAAAAAUUAAAUCUUUAGAUUGUAUUAGAGAAAUCAAGCGUCCAUUAGAAAAUGUUCAUUCAAUUGCAUGUGAUUUGUUAUGGGCAGAUCCAGAUAAACUUGUAAAAUUAUAUGAACCAAAUACUGCUAGAGGUGUUUCAUCAUUAUUUGGUCAAAAUGCAUUGACACAAUUUUGUAAAAAACUUAAUAUAGAUCUUGUUAUAAGAGGACAUCAAGUGUGCCAAAUUGGAUAUGAGGUACUUUUUGAAGGUCAUCUAAUAACAGUUUUUAGUGCCAGUGAUUAUGAUGAAGAGCUGAAAAAUUUAGCUGGUGUUAUAUAUAUUGACAAAAAUUCUUAUGUAUUUCCAAUAUCACUUAAAUGUCCAAAAACAGAAAAGGAAAAAAUAGCUUGUAAGAAAAAAAAUGAUCUUACAGUAGAAAAAAAUUAA